GAAAAAAAAACAUGGCGGUUGUUUUGUCUGGCAACUUUCGUGCUCUCAUAAUGAGCUGCACUUGCAGAAUUCCUGCUCAAGCUGAGCUCGUUGGGGUGUCCAGAUAUACUACAGCGAAUAAGAAUAAAGAUUCCUACGGAUCGCUGGUAUCAACAAGUUUACCAGAUGUAGAUUCAGAGAUUGAAAAGGUUUCUCCGCACUCCAUGCGAGGGAAGGCCAUGAGAGCGAUGGAACAGAGAUUAAAGAGAUUCACACCACUACCAGCUCCCAGGGAGUCUAAGAUGUCUGAUGAUCAGGAAUGGGCUGGUGUUUACCCCACUGCCGCUAGUUUCAAAUGGUCUGCUGUACCCCUACCACUCAGAAUGGGCUACCCAGUCAGAAGGGGGAUUCCCCCUCAUAAGUUUGGAAAUCUUGAACUUAUCAAGAUUCCUAAUUUCCUGCAUCUUACUCCACCUGCCAUCAAGAAACACUGUACUGCUCUAAAAGAGUUGUGUUCUGAUUGGCCAGAAGGUCUUGAUACAGAUGCCAACUGUGACAGACAUUUUCCUCUAGAAACGGUUGAAUCUGAUUACGUCUUUUCUGGGUCAUCUCUCAGGCAUCCACAGUCACGUGAGGUCACGGUCAAGGUAAAGUUAAGUGAGUUACCUUUGGAUAAGCAUGCUAGAUGGAAGUUCAUUCAACUUGUAGGCGAUAGAUACAACAAUGACACAGAUAUAGUUACUAUAUCAGCAGACAGGUGUCCGCUGAAGAAGCAGAAUUACGAUUACUGCAUUUAUGUCAUGAGUGUGCUGUUUCAUGAAGCAUGGAUCUUUGAGCCCUGGGAGUCUGAGAUUACUGAUGAUGACAUGGAAGAGUAUGUGUGGGACAUUAGUCCUUCAAAGACAUCCAUCAUCAAUACAAUAGCCAGCAUGAAGAAUAAGGCUCCAGUCAGCGGGGAUGUUGAUCCACAGCUGGAGGAGGACAUCAUGGAGAGCAAAGAGGUCCAGGAACUACGAGAAUCCGUCAGCGAGAUCAGAAACUCCGGCGAAUCCUUAGAGAACCUAGAGAGAUACAAGGAAGCUGUUCUUGGCAUCGUUCAUAGUAAAGCUGAGCUUGCAAGCAGUUGACCGAGCCCUUUCCAUAUUGUGAACUCUUGUGAGAAAAACUCUACCCCAUUCUGUAGAAGUGAGCUGUUUCGAGCACCGUCCAUACCAAAUCUGAGCUUGCAAGAAGUUCACUGAGCCCUUUCCAUAUUGAUAAACUCUUGUGAGAAAAACUCUACCCCAUUCUGUAGAAGGAAGCUGUUCCUAGCACCGUCCAUACCAAAUCUGAGCUUGCAAGAAGUUGACCGAGCCCUUUCCAUAUUGUGAACUCUUGUGAGAAAAACUCUACCCCAUUCUGUAGAAGGGAGCUGUUCCUAGCACCGUCCAUACCAAAGCUGAGCUUGCAAGCAGUUGACCUAGCCCUUUCCAUAUUGAUAAACUCGUGUGAGAAAAACUCUACCCCAUUCUGUAGAAGGGAACUGUUCCUAGCACCGUCCAUACCAAAGCUGAGCUUGCAAGCAGUUGACCUAGCCCUUUCCAUAUUGAUAAACUCGUGUGAGAAAAACUCUACCCCAUUCUGUAGAAGGGAACUGUUCCUAGCACCGUCCAUACCAAAGCUGAGCUUGCAAGCAGUUGACCGAACCCUUUCCAUAUUGAUAAACUAGUUAAUCAACCCCCUUUCAUAUGGAUGAGCUAUUGGAAGGAUAACAUUACUUCAUUCUGUCAAGAGAAGCUGCUCUUGGAAUCAUCCUUGGCAAAGCUGACCAACCCCUUUCAUAUUUAUGAACUGUUAUGAGAAAAGCAGUGAAGCUGAGCUGGCAGCAGUUGACCAUCCCCUCUCCAUACCUAACUAUUAUAAGAAUAACAUUGAAAAUGAGCUUGCAAGCCAUUGACCAACCCAAGGAGGCUGUUUUUAGCAUCGUUUAUUUCUUAGCUUUGCUUUCAUGAAGUUGACCAACCCCCAUUCUUUACUGGUGAUCUAAUAUGAUAAUAACAUUGCUUCAUUCUGUCCAAGGAAGCUGCUCUUGGCAUUGUCCAUAGAAGAGCUUAGCUAGGAAGCAGUUGAGCAUCCCCUUUUCAAACUGACAAACUAUUAUGUGAAUAACAUAGAAGCUGAGAUAGCAAGCAUCGACCAAGUGGACCAACACCUUACAUAUUGGUAAACUAGUUAAUCAACCUUCUUCCAUAUGGAUGAGCUACAUGUAUUGUAAGAAAUACAUUACUUCAUUCUGUCAAAACAAACUGUUCUUAAUAUCGUCCAUUGCAAAGCAGAACUAGUAACCAGUGGACGUACCCUUUUCCAUAUUGAUUAACUAUUUUGAGAAUAACAUUACCUCAUUCUGCCCAAAGAAGCCCUUCUCAAUGCAGGUAAUAAAUUGAUGCCCCUUAUUGAGUUUGGAAACUGUUGUUGGAAUGCUUCCCAGGGAGGGGGGAAAGUGCAUUCCUUUUUUAUGCACAAGCAAGGAUCCAAAGACAGGUAAUGUCUGUAAAGCAUGUGUUAGAGACACCAUUUCACUUGAUACAAUGUAUUCAAGUGCUGCAUACUAUUACCCCUGCUUUAUUCUUCCAUUGGUAUGAGAACAGGGUAUAUGGGAAUUUCUUGUCUUGACCCUUCCCCCAUAUUAAUGCCAUAUUCUCAUCAACAAAAUCAACUCCGAAUCUGUCCAUGGUCUGUCAUUGGCAAUAACCUAAUAGCUGUUGUUGGGUUAUCAGUUUGCAGUUUGUUUUGCUGAUGCGACUGUGGGAUGAAUUAAGGCCAUCAGACCGCACACCUUACGACCUUAUGGCCCACGAUCCGAUUUUUGUAACAAUCACAUUUUGCUAAUUUUUUGAAAAUGUGAAUGAUAGGUUUCUUUUAUUCAAGGGGUACUCCAGGCUGAAGUAAAUAUGAUUAAAACAGAUAAAGAAAAAUCAGACAAACAAAACACUGAAAAUUUGAUCAAAAUCGGACAAGGAACAACAAAGUUAUGACAGUUUAAAGUUUUGCUUCUUCCGGUGAAACAAUGCUAGGCAUGUCUUCAUGAAUAUUCCAUGAGCAAAUUGAUGAUGUCAUAUCCCCACUUGUUCUUUUGUAUUGUAUUAUAUGAAAUUAGGUUUAUUCAAAAGAAUUUCCUCCAAGAACAUAAAAAAAUGGAUUGACAACUGAAAUAGUGCAAUAGAUAUUAAUUGCUACAACUUAUUUCAUGAUAAGGAGGACAUAUUAUUCACACAUGCAUGAAAUAAUGAAACAAUUAUGAUUUCAUGUAAUAACAUAAGAAAAAGUAAAGUGGGGAUGUGACAUCAUCAGCCAACCUAAUGAAUAGUCAUGACGAUGUGCAUGUACUAUUUUUACAAAAUAUUGCUAAACUUAAAAAUUCAAUAACUUUGUUAAUUAUUAUUUGAUUUUGAUGAAAUUUUCGGCAUUUUGCCCUGUGAAUUUUCCUCGAUUUAUUCAAAUAUAACUAUUUUUCAGCCCGGAGUAUCCCUUUAAGGCCCAAAUUAACUGAAAGACAAUUUUCGAUGAUUGCAAGUCUUUAUUUUGAAGUAAAGCCCAAAUUAGUUUCAAAUCGUAGCUGAUCGUACGAUGAUGUCAUUACAACUACAUGUAGAUGUUAAAUUCGCUUUAAUUCUUAUAAGGAUUAUAGUAUUGUCACAAAUUUGAAGAUCGGUAUUCGUAAGAUGAUUUAGAACUUUACACAGUAAGAUAUUCCUUGUCUCAAUAUUAGCAUCAAAUCUACGUUCUAUUUAAAAAUCAGGUUGCAGACCAAUCGUAAGAUCUUAGUUGUGCAGUGGCCUUUAUGCAUACAGAGAACUUUUUUGUAUUUAAAAAGAUUGAAUCAUAAAAGCGUUUUGUAUUUAAUUUGUUGAUCUACAUUGACUAGUCAAAGAGUAUUGCAUGAUAAAUUAUUGUGAAAUUGGAAGCAGUUUAUUAUCUCUCUAUGACUGAUUUAUUGUAUUGAUAUAAUGAUGGGUAUGUCACGUUUUGUAUGAGGAAUUGUGAAAUAAAACUGAUAUAAAGAAAAGAAAAAAUAA